AAAAGCGCGCAAUAUUAACUUUUUCAUUUUUAUGAAAUUAAGCUCAAUUUUUUUAUUUAAUAAAUGAAUAAGCAAACGAAAAUUGAUGAAUUUAUUGUAAAAUCAAACGUCUCUAAAAGGGAAGCCAGUAAGAAUUGUAAUAACACACGCUUACAAAUUCGUUUCCUACAGUACAAUCUAUUUAAGCAGGAGAAUAUUUCAUUUGAGGAAUUCUUAGAAUUCACAAAUGUAAGGGAACUAGUUCAGCUUAGUUUAAGUCGCCGUCAUCCGAAAACUGUACAAGCUCAUACAAAAUAUAUAGAUGAUUACGCUAGGCAAAUAUACGAUUGCUGUCAAAGUGAUCCAAAUUAUUUAUCCAAAACUAAAACAUUUUUAAAUUUACAAUGUAAACCAAAACCUUGGAUUUCACAAAGUGAAAAGAACUUAAUUUCAAAAUUUAAGAUAAAGAAACAAAUAAAAAUUAAUAUGUGUAAAAAUAAUGUGUUGAAAACAAGAAACAAUAUUUUGGAUUUAUGGGUUGAACUUUCAAAAUAUUAUAUAACUAAUGUGGAUGCAGAAUUUGGUAUUAGUUACUUGAAUCAAAAAUUGAAAAAGUAUAGUUUAUGUCGCAUUGAAAAAGGUUUGAACAAAAAGAUUCUAAAAUUAAAAACAAAGCAUCCGUUGAAACAAUGUAACAACGGAGGAGACAAUCCAAUAUCUAAUAUGAAAAAACUUGAGGCAAAAUCAAAUACUGUAAACAAGAAAAAUAAAAAAGGUACGGAAAACAUUAACUUUAAUGAAGCCGGUUAUGGGAGUGUCCCGAAAAGAAAACCUUGUCCUAAAUCGAAGAUACCAAGAAAAAUAAGAGACGCGGAAACACAAUUAGCAAAAAACAUUCAUGAAGAAACUAAAUCUAAAUUUCCAAAAACUGAAAUUGAAAUUAAUAGUAAGAAUGUCGAUGAAAAAAUGCUCAAUUGGAUAGAAAAAACAGAUUCUGUUUGUAUGAAAAUUGAAAUACCAAAACCAGUAGAAGAAACCCAUGAUAAAGGAGAAUACGCAAUUCUAGAUUCAGUAGAAUGCAUUUCAAAAUUAGCCAAGUUACCAAAGGAAAUUAAAACAAAAAAACCUGGCCCAAAAUCGAAAACUAUGAGAAUUCAGAAAGACAGCUUUUAUCAAACUUACACAGAACAAAAUAUGAUAGAUAAAACAAAUUCAAAAACAAUUAGAAAAGGCGAUAAUAUGGAAUCAAUUGUAAAUUGCAAACCACCUUCAAAAUCAUGCGAAACAGCAGAAAUAGAAGUGACAUCGAAAUUCAGUUCGUCUGAAAUUAUAAAUGAAAAAAUUAUGGUAAAAUUAAACAUUAACAAAAAAAGCCAAAAUCAAAAAAUUAUUAAAUUUUUGAAAGAAGCGCAGCCUAAAAGUAAAAUGGUUCCAGAAUUUAAGGAAUUAGUCACUAAUGACGAACGUCAGGAAUCUACUAGAGAAUUAUUAGGCAACUCGAAUACUGAUUUAAAUACUGUAAGAAUUUAUUUUAAAAAAUAUCACAAACUUUUUAAUAAAUACAAUGUUAAUCAUAUCAGCGAUGAAAUAAAACAAAAAGUUAUUUUAAGAUGUGAACAAAUGCUGGAAAAAAAUUGCAGCGAAACCCUCCAAAAUAUUCAAACAGAAAAUGGCAUCAUCACCGAAUUACCUUUUGCAAAACCAGAAUGUGAAAGUUAUACAGGAACUUCUCAAAAAAGCAAAAAUCCGGCUACAGAACAUUCGAAAAACGUUGUUCAUCCCAAUUUCAGUAUUGCGGGUGAUAAAUCUAAUUAUAUGAAGUAUUUAAAAUUGGCUAGCUCCAAAAUUUCAAGCAACAAGAAUUUAGUAUCAGAGAAUUUAAAAAAACAAGACUAUAUAACCAAUAAUGAAUUGUUGAAUGUUGAGCAAAAAAAAAUUAGAAAAGGAAAGCAAAAAGGAGUUUUUGAAAAUUCUGAAAACAGUGUUCCUAAUAAACAAACUGAGGAUUUAGAUGAAAAUAUUCCAAAUUGUAAGUUAUAUAGUGAUGAGAAUAUUUCAUCAAAGUUCAUGGCUGAUAAAACGGACAUACAAAUUAAUAUUCAGAGUGAAGACGCUUGUUUAGACACAAUGGGAAAUUUAAACAAGUCCAAGGUAUUAAACAAUCAGGACAGUAAAGAAGAAGCUUUUACUAGCCAUAAUUUUGCAGAGAUUCCGAUCAAAAAAGAGCACGAUACACAAUAUUCAAAUUACUUUGAUGAAGUUUCGAUAUUAUCACCAGAAAAAAAUGAAACAAUUAUUAUCGAAAAUGACACGGAAGAUGUUACACAAAUGUUAGAAGAAAUGUUGUCAUCAGACAAAUCGAACAUAAAACUAAAUUCACAACUAACAAAUUGUUCUCAAGUUGCUUUAAAAUAUUUUCCAGAGGUUGAAAAAGCUUCUGAAAAAGAUCCCGUUACAUCAUAUCCACAUUCAAAUCUCCUAACUCUUACCAAAAGUAGUACUUCUGCCAAAAUUCAUGUAAAUUCUAGUACACUUGAGAUGGGGAAACAAAAUAUAAAUAAUUUAUUCAUUAGUAAAUCUUGCCCAACAUUUAGGCCAAAAAUUUUACGUAAGAGUAAUACAUCAGAUUUGCUGACUUCUCCAGAAUUUUUUGAAAGUAAGACAAAUGCCACUGAUUCUUCAGUAAUAUUUCUUUCAAAAUUAUUAGAUAAUAAAGAACUUGAUACAAAUAUAGUACAAAAUAAAUUCACUGAUGUUAAUGAAACAAUGAUUUGCGAGAAGUCACCACCCCGAGUGUUAAAAGACUUAGAUCCAUGUAAAAAAGAUAGAAAUAAAGAUCCAUUAUUACCACUUUCUAACGAAAAAGCAAAUAAUUCAAAAGAAUGCAGUUUAGGUUUGCCAAAAACACAUGAAAAAUCAUCGAGGCCAUCGUUAGAUAUGUUCCAAUCAAGCAAAUCGAAACAGAUGCAAAUAUUUGAAAGCCAACAAGAAUCACAAUUACAUGAACUUUCCGGAAAAUCAAACCCAAUAUUAACGAAUGAUAAAAAUGGUAUUGAAAAUACUAUAUGUUCUAAUUUCGAUGAAGUAUCUUUGUUUGAUAAUGAGCAAAACAAAACUGUGGUAAACCAUUUAACAUCUAAAAUAACUAAAGAAAAAAGGGAAGCAGCGGGAUCUUCUAACAUUACAAAUAGCAAUUUGUUAUUACCUUCAAAUAAUAUAGGAAAAGUGCAAAUUGAAUCAGAAAAUGAAAUAAAUUAUGAUGGAGACAAGAAUUCGGAUAAAAAAUCAUCUAAAAAAUCAGAUAAUCUUAAUGAAAAAGAUGAAGAUCAAAACUUUUACAAUGCAGAAGAAGUUGUAAUAAAAAAGGAGCACGAUACACAAUAUUCAAAUUAUUUAGAUGAAGUUUCAAUUUUGUCCCCAAAAAAAAGUGAGGCAAUAGUUAUCGAAGAUGAAACGGAAGAUGUUAAUAAAAUGCUGGAAGAGAUGAUGUCAUCAAGUAAUCCUACAUCAACAUCAUUUUCUGAAAGUACUCUGAUACAACGUCCUGAAAUUCAACCAAAUAUUAAUGAUAAAAGUUACCAAACAGAAAAUCAAAAUUCAAAUAAAUUGGUGACUACAGAACUCGAUAACUCAAUAAAAAUUCCCUUAAAUCUUAAUUCAUUCGAAAAAACUGUUGAAGUUCCUGAAAAUUUAUUUAAUAAUAAAAAAAUUUCACUGUCACAGCAAACUUGUGGAAAAGAUAAAAUGGAUCCAAUCUCUUCUUCUUUAAUACCUACAAUUCCACCAAAAAGGUUACGAGAUAGAAGGCAGUUGGUAAAAAGAAUGAUGGAAAAUGCUCUCAAUAGUGAUAUUGAUAGCUCAAGCUUACAACUUAAUGUUGAAGGGUCGUCAAAUCUGAAUCUGAAUUCAGUUUUUAUAACAAAUCAAAAAAAAUCACCAAUUAACCCGCAAAAAGUGCUUCCUACAUACCAAAAGAACUCAAAAAGGCCAGAACUUCAAUGUGAAACCCAAUUUUCUGAAAUUACAAAUGUGCUUAAUGCUACCGAUGUCUCAUUUACAAAUAAAAACGAUGAUAUAAAGGGUACCUUAAAUUUUGAAAAGCAUUAUAUUACAGAGCAUACUUAUGAUAAUGAUGAUAACUUAAAAGAAAACGUUUCGUCUGUCGAUCAGAGAUUUUCAUUAAUUGAAGCACCAAAUUUUAAGGAAAAAGAAUCAAAAAAAAAUUUUUUGAGUAUAAAUGAAAAUCUCAAUUAUGGCAAUAGCGACAACAUAAAUCCAAAAGAAAAUUGUAUAAUAAAAUUUAAUGGUCGCCCUUUUAGUUUUACUGAAAAAUUACAGCAAAUUAUGAAGAAAAGAAGCAUGUUAUACAAUAACGUUUUUGAUGAGUCCAAUUCAAUAUUGAAUACAAUUCUUCCGAAGAGAUAUGCAAAGCAACUGUCUAAGCGACCAAUAGAAAAUAAACUCAAUAAUCAGAAUGAUGAUUUAGUUUUACCACUUUCUAUUCGAAAAUCAAUGAGUUCGAAAAACGUGAACAUAAAUUCUUCAAAUAAUCAUUUACUAUUUAAUUCAAGCUCAGAAAUACCUAUAAAAGCAGAUUUGAACUUUGAAACGCAAUUAUCUGAGCUUUCAAAUGAAGAGAAAACAGAUCCUUUAUUGUUAACCAAUAAAAACAACGAUAUAAAUAGUAAUGUUAAAAAUUUUAAUAUCGAGAAUUAUUUCAUUGUUGAAGAUCGUGAUAAUUGCACACAAGAAACGCCGUGCUUUAUUCAAAAAUUUUCGCCUUUAAUAUUUCAAAAGUCUCAAAAUAAAGAUAUCCCUUUCGAAACCACUGAACGGAACAAUGAAAAUUUAAAAUCAUCUUCCAAUAAAGAUUUGAAAAAUAUAAAAGGUGAAAAUUGCCAAAGUCUAAAUAAAAUAAAAAAAAAUACUGGUAAAAAAAUUAUUAAGAAAAAAAACAUUUCAAAAAAGAUAUUACCUUCUUCAAAAGAAAUUAAAACAAAAAAGGAUAAAUCCCAAAACAAACAUAAGCUUUAUCACAAACUAUGUCCUAACGAAUCAUUUGCUUUACAAGAGCGACAUAAAUUCCCAAGCUUACAGAUUAUUCUAAAUCGAGGUAAUGGAUCAAGAAAAAUUAUAGAAGGACAAAAUUUUUCUUCAAGUCAGCCGGAAGACACUUCAAAAGCAUCAAAUGAAAAUCAUAAUAGUAAGGAAACUUCUAUAAUGACAAAUUCUCAAUUAUUGAAUAUCGAUAUUACUUAUUUUAAUUCUUCGCAGUUGUCCAGUCAAAAGAUUUACCAAAUGUUAUUAAUUGACACUCAAAAUGUAUGUGGAAACAAAACAGCAUCAGGUAAUCAUUCAAGUAAUGGAAAGAAUAAUACGAAUGAUGAAUUAUUGCAAAACGAGAGGCGAGAUUUAAAUGAUGUAGCGCAUAACUCAAACAAAUUUUUCAAUGUAGAAAAGAAAAAUUCAGUUGUUAACAUGUAUAGUGAAUUCAAUUCAAAAAAUUAUUCCGAAUUCGAUAUUAACUUUCUAAAUAAUUUUUUUGAAAACAAAAAAAGUAUGCAGUCUGUUAAAAAUUUGAAUAAUCUUCAUGACACACCAAAAUCUUUUCCAAUACCUUCAUAUCCAUAUUUUAUUUUAACAAAGUUUUCAAUAAAUGAAAUAGAUUUCAACAGUUUCUCAUAUAUUUCAAGAUUUCUUCAACAAAAUAAUAAUUCAGAAAUUCUACUUAAUCUAUAUUUAAAAAUCAUUAUCAAUAUUAAUUCCACAAAUUUCAGUAGCCUGAUAUGUGACAAUUCCACGAUAAAAAAUUUAUUUAAUAUUAAUGAAGCAUUAUGGUUAGAUUUACUAAAAAUUUUUCAAUCGUUUAAAAAAUUCAAAUUUAUACCGCACAAUAAUAGUUAUGUCCCAACUCAAAAAGAGGAGAAAAUUUUAUUUUAUUUUUUUAAAAGUUUUCCAUCUUAUGUUCUUGUUCCAUUUCGUUUUAGUGAACAUAUCAAUGAUUACAUAUAUUUUUUAAAACCUCAAAACUGUAUUAAAAAAGAGAAUAAAAAUUUAUCUAAAACUGUAGAUCCGAAAAUUUUAAAUUCAAUGAAAAAUUAUCGUCAAUAUUUAUUGUCCAAAACGGAAAAAUAA